CGGCAGCACGCCAACGGGUCGCUUGGAGGCACUCAGCACAGGUGACCUAGAACCCCGAUGGCAAACUUCAAGGGCCACGCUCUCCCGGGGAGUUUUUUCUUGAUAGUUGGACUCUGGUGGUCAGUGAAGUACCCACUGAAGUAUUGUCAUCACAAGGGAAAAAGAAGCCAACUGAUUCAUUCUUACCAGCGUCUCGAGAUCAUUGAAGCUGCGAUCAGAACGGUAUUUCCGGUCAUCGGGAUCCUCGCAGAGCAGUUUGUCCCAGAUGGGCCCCACCUCCACCUGUACACUGAAAACCACUGGAUCAAGCUAAUGAACUGGCAACACAGCACCAUGUAUCUCUUCUUCGCAAUCUCAGGAGUCACUGAUAUGCUCACCUGUCUCAUCAAUCACGUUCCUUUAGGGGUCGACAGAUUGGUUAUGGCUGUGGCAACAUUUAAUGAAGGUUUCCUCUUCUACCACCACGUCCACAACCGCCCGCCACUGGACCAGUACAUCCACUCGCUGCUGCUGUGCGCCGUGUUUGGAGGGGCUCUCAGUAUCUUCUUGGAGGUGUUCCUUCGGGACAAUAUUGUGCUGGAACUUUUCCGAACCACACUCGUUAUUCUUCAAGGCACCUGGUUCUGGCAGAUUGGGUUUGUGCUGUUCCCACCCUUUGGAACACCCAGCUGGGACCAGGAAGAUCACGGGAACCUCAUGUUCAUUACCAUGUGUUUCUGCUGGCAUUACCUGGCCGCGCUCUGCAUUGUGGCCAUCAACUUCUCCCUCGUUCACUGCCUUUUGACUCGGUUAAAGAGGCGGAGAGGAGGAGAAAUCAUUGGGAUUCAGAAGCUGAGGUCAGACCCCACGUACCAGAAGGCCCUCUUGAAUGGCUCAGAUGAGGAAGAAGAGGCCAUGAGUCCUAAGUAGGGGUGGACAUGUCCCUUUGAGCACCAACAGCUGGAGUGCUCACAGGUG